AUGUCUAACUCGUCGAUCUAUACGAAUCCGCGAGCUAGAACAUGGACGCACACGUACGAUACAGAUAUAAGCCUCGCUCAGGCUUUCCACAAACGCCUCCCAGGAUAUAGAGAGACCUCGCUCGUGCCUCUAGGUGACCUCGCGAAGGAGCUGAACGUUAAAGCAAUCUUCGUUAAAGAUGAAAGCAGCCGGCUUGGGUUGCCGUCGUUCAAAAUCCUCGGUGCUUCAUGGGGCACUUUUCGUGCGAUUGCCGAGAAGCAUGGACUUGGGCUUGACUCGACUCUUGAAGACGUUUCCGAAGCAGCGAGGAAAUCGGCGACCAUACUCUUUGCGGCCACCGAAGGAAACCACGGCCGGGCUGUUGCACGAAUGGGCAAGAUACUGGACAUCCCGGUGCGGAUCUUCAUGUCCAGAUUUGCUGACCGUGAGACUUGUCAAAAGAUCGAAAGUGAAGGUGCUGAAGUCACGGUUCUCUCGGGUAACUACGAUGAUGCCGUCUCCAUGGCCUUCCAGGAAUCACAGCAGGCGCCAAGUGGUCUUCUCAUUCAAGACAAUGCCUUCGAUGGAUACGAACAAAUCCCGGCCUGGAUCGUGGAAGGCUACUCAACACUUCUGGCUGAAGUUGAGCAGCAACUCAGAGCACAAAAGCUGGAAGCGACCGUCAUUGUCACUCCAAUUGGCGUUGGCUCUCUGGGUCACUCUGUUGCCGCCUUCUGCAAGUCUAGUGGCAGGCAAAUUCGUGUUGUGGCAGUGGAGCCCAAGACCGCUGCAUGUCUGCAUGAAAACCUCAAAUCCAGCAAAUGGAGCACAAUCGAGACAUCAGCAACGGUCAUGAAUGGUAUGAAUUGUGGGACUGUCUCGCCCAUCUCGUGGCCCAUCCUCUCCGAAGCGGUCGAUGUCAGCAUCACAAUCACAGAUUUGGAAUGUCAUGGAUCUGUACAGUAUCUGCACGCCCACGGCGUUAAUGCUGGCCCUUGUGGAGCUGCUGCACUCGCUGCAAUCAGGAAAGUCGACUCCGCAGAUCCUUUGCUCGCGGGCUUGCAGAAAGAUGCUGUUAUCGUGCUCUUGAGUACCGAGGGUUCGAGACCCUACGUCCCUCCUAGCAUGGCCUCUUGA